GCGCCGGGAGGGGGAGCCUGUCGGGAGCGAGGGCAACCACCGGGGGAAGGGGAUGGAAGCCGCCCGAACAAAAAAUGCCCCAAGUGUCACAAAGGCUUUCAUUGGGCGAAUCAGUGCCGUUCUGUCCCUUCGGGAAACUCCCAGUCGGGCUCCCCUCGGGCCCCGGUUUAACCGAGGGAGAGAGCGGUUUCCCUCCCCCUGCCACUUCUGGUAGUGCGGGCAUCGAUUUGGAAAACGCACAGGAUAUGGACUCUCAGCUCCCCGGGGAGGUACUCCUAAUGCCCACUCAACUUCGGGGUCCUCUCCCUCCCGGGACGGUGGGGCUCGUGCUCCCCCGUUCUUCCGCUCACUAUAAAGGCAUUAUGACUGUCCCGGGGGUCAUUGAUGCUGAUUAUACUGGCACCAUCUAUGCCCAAUAUUGGGGGCAGCUUCCGCUGUCCCUUAAGAAAGGGGAGUCCUGGUCCCAAUUGUUGUUGCUUCCUUACUAUUGUUCCGCAGUUUCCCUACAGGAACGUACAGGGGGAUUUGGCUCCACACGUGCUAACCCCCUACAGCCCACCAACGGCGAGAAAGUGACAACCGACUCAACUUAUCACCCUCAAAUUGCCGCCGUGCUCCAACACAUACACAAUCGUAAGCCUACCUGUCCCUAUCAGAUCCACGGUGCAAGGAAGCACUCCCCGCCCCGAAAGUAACGUACCGACAACUCCCUGGAAAUACGUGGAGUGCUCCAGUUCCCUUGAUUACCUGGGGGCGGGGAUACGCAGCCGUCAGUACGCCAGAAGGACCGGUGUGGGUCCCAGCUCGUUAUAUACGUCCGUGGAAAGAGGACCCCACGAGCGACCCACAAGAUGGCAUGGCACCAGACCCUGAAUAA